AUGAUUGGAACUAUCUUUGCCUGGGUCGCAGUGUGCUCGCUGGCCACGUUCCUGGUCCCGUUUGUGAUCUCUCUGUACUUGCCCGUGCAGAACCUGAAGAAAAAGUACAAUGCCGAGUGGGCCCUCGUCACUGGUGGCUCCUCGGGUAUCGGCCUGGCUAUUGCCCGCCGCUGCGCCGAGCAGGGCAUCAAUGUCGUCAUCGUUGCGCUUCCGAACGAACUCUUGAAGCAAGCCAUGACCGAGCUCCAGCGUGACUUUCCGCAGCGCAAGUUCAUUGCUGUCGAGGCCGAUCUUUCCAAGGAUGGAUUCAUGGAUGGCGUCAUCAAGGCUACCGACGGGUUGGACAUCCAGCUGAUCUUCAGCAAUGCCGGCUACAUCGUGACCUCCUUCUUUGCCGAGACCCCCCUUGAAACCGUCCUGGCCAACUACAACACCAACGCCACCGCCUCGAUCAAGAUCGCCCACCACUUUUCUCGCAAGCUCAUUGCCAAGAAGCUCAAAGGCUUCAUCUGCUUCACCAGCUCUGGCGCCGCCUAUUUGCCCACGCCCUUGACCUCCAUGUAUGGCCCCACCAAAGUCUUCCUGACGAACCUGGGUGCUGCUCUGGCCGCCGAGCUCCGCCCCGAGGGCGUUGAUGUUAUGGUCGUCCACCCGAGCCCGAUCGCCUCCAACUUCUACAAGAACUCCUCUCUGGAUAUCGUCGUGCUCUUCAAGAAGACUGCCGCAAGCCCCUCGGUCAUCUCGGAUGCCAUCUGCCGAAACGCCGGCUACUUUACCCUUGUCGACGACGGCUACUUUGGCGUCACCACCAAGCUCAUCCUCAAGGUCCUGGAUUGGUCGCUCUUUGGCGAGAUCAUGAAGUUUGCCGUCCCCAUCACCGGCGACUACAAGCAGCUCAAGGCCAAGGCUCAGAAGACCAACUGA